AGCCAAUCAGAUCUGAGUUCAAUGAGAAGAGCUUCCGUCUUCACUAGACUGCUAUAAAUCAACAUCAGAACAUUUUAUAAACCAUUUUUGAAGACAGUUAAACCAUGAAUUUGUUUAUAUGAGAUACACUUACGUUUUAGAAAUACUAGUAUUUUUUUGUUUGACUCCAAAUGUUUCACGGACUCCAACCAGGUGAGCAGCACAGAAAGGUAAAGUAGAGUCCACGCUGCCGACAUGUCUCCGGGGCUGCUGCCUCUGUUCGGGGUGUGUUUCUGUCUGGGGGUGUUUGGACACCUCGGAACCAAGGCCGCUUCGGUUCUGGAUCCGGAUAAAACUUUGAUUUGGGGACCAGGACUGGAGGCGAACGUCGUCCUUCCAGCUCGGUUUUUCUACAUCCAGGCGGUGGACAGCUUUGGGACAAACCUAACAUCUUCGCCGGGGGAGAAAAGCUUUGAGGUGAAGAUCACGUCUGCGGUGGAGCAGUUCACCAGGAUCUGGGUUCAGGUUCUGGACCGUCGGGACGGGUCUUUCCUAGUUCGCUACCGGAUGUAUGCCACCUAUACAGACCUGCAAAUCCACAUUUUUCACAAAGGGGAGCAUGUUGGGAAGUCGCCGUAUACGCUCAAAGGUCCGGUUUAUCAUGAAGGCUGUGACUGUCCCCAGCCGAGCGGUUCUGUUUGGGAGGCCCACAUGCACUGUCCUCAGUCCUUCGCCCAGAUAGACCAGGAUCUGUCCCACUUCAGGAGCAUCGAUCCGGACCGCAAUGCUCAGGAGAUCCCACAGCGGUUCAGGCAGCGGCAAAGCCUGUGCCACUACACCGUCAAAGACAACAAGGUUUACAUCAAGACGUUUGGAGAACACGUUGGCUUCCGGAUCUUCAUGGACGCCGUUCUGCUGUCACUCACUCGGAAGGUGCGCCUCCCGGAUCUGGAGUUCUUCGUUAAUCUGGGGGACUGGCCUCUGGAGAAGAGGAAACCCACGGACCACAUCCAUCCCAUCUUCUCCUGGUGCGGCUCCAACAGCACCAGAGACAUCGUGAUGCCCACGUACGACCUGACGGAGUCCGUCCUGGAGACCAUGGGGAGAGUAAGCCUGGACAUGAUGUCUGUUCAGGGCAACACCGGGCCAGCGUGGGCCGAGAAGAACGCCACGGCCUUCUGGAGGGGGCGGGACAGCCGCCAGGAGCGGCUGGAGCUGGUGAAGCUCUCCAGAGCUCACCCUGACCUGAUCGACGCCGCCUUCACCAACUUCUUCUUCUUCAAGCAUGACGAGGGCCUGUACGGCCCGCUGGUCAAACACGUCUCCUUCUUUGACUUCUUUAAGUACAAGUAUCAGAUAAACAUCGACGGCACCGUGGCGGCGUACCGGCUGCCGUACCUGCUGGCCGGAGACAGCGCGGUCUUCAAGGUGGACUCCAGUUACUACGAGCAUUUCUACCAGCAGCUGCGAGCGUGGGAGCAUUACAUCCCGGUCAGAGCCGACCUGGGGGACCUGCUGGAGAAGAUCCGGUGGGCUCGGGACCACGACUCAGAGGCUCAGAAGAUUGCUCUGGCAGGACAGCAGUUUGCUCGCCGUCACCUCAUGGGAGACACCAUUUUCUGUUACUACUACAGACUUUUCACGGAGUAUUCCAAACUCCAGGUGAGCCGGCCAAAGGUGCGGGAGGGAAUGGAGCUGGUGGAGCAGCCGGAGGAUGAACUCUUUCCAUGUUCCUGUCACAGAGUCGGGGUAAAGGAUGAACUUUGAUUGCUGACAAACAACAUCUUCAUACUGUAUGCUGCCAAAAACAACUAACUUUAUGACGUUCAUGUAUAUUUAAUCUUUUUUAAUAAUAAAUAUAUUUUUUUCCAUUGUGUUUGACUUUUCUUCUUUUUUUUUCAACACAAUUUAAUACAAUAUCAAAACAUUUGUACACUUUUAAGUGAUGUUUAAACAUAGAAUUGUUGACUUUUUUAAAGAGUAAUCAGUGCUGACAUUUAAAUGGAUAUGUUUCUGGGGAAAAAAUAUCAUUUUUAUAAGAGUUAGAUGUGUUUUUGGACCUGAAAAGAUGACAUUCUUUUCAAAAAGUUAGUUUUCAAGUUAAAAUCCCAUUCCUUGAAUACAAACUAUAAUUUCAUGCCUGACAUUAGAAUGAAAAUGUUCUUUAUUGUAGUCUUGAAGUUAAAUUAUGUAAUCUGGACUUCUUAUCCUCAAAAAGUCACCUGGUUGAAUGUGAUCCUUCAAUUUAAAUUAUUUUUCCACCAACAAAAAACUUUUAGAACGUUUUUAACAAAUUUACAUAUAGAUCUUCUUCUUUAUUCUGCAGCAAAUAAUAAAAUAACUGAAUUAUGAUCACCAGGAUAAAAAAUAGAACCUACAAAUGUUUAUUUUUUAUAUUUUUAUGUUUUAACUUUCGUCGGUGAUGCAUCUUUCUCACAUCAGAGGCUGCAUGAGUAAAAGAUGUAAUGACUCGUUUUGAACGCCAGGUGUCGCACCGUCUAAUGUUAGUUUCAGUGACACGAGCUGGUGGCUCGGUUCGGUUGAGAUGGAGACAUUUUUUGAGAAUUACUUGAAAUCACAGUAGAAGUUUGCAGUAAAAUCCAUAUAUCUUGGAGGUAGGUCGAUGGGGGGCCGGGCGGCUGCAGCGCUGGCCAGCCAGCUGAGCCGGGAUGGAGGUGAUGCCCCGCGGGGGCUCAUCUGUCUGAGCUUCCCCCUGCAUCCUCCUGCGCAGACGCAGGCCCACCUGCAGAGGAGCCAGGAUCUGCGCAUGCUGCCUGCCAGCAUCCCGGUGCUGUUCGUGUCGGGGACAGAGGAUGACAUGUGUGACCCGGAGCUUUUCAACGCGAUGAUGAAGGACAUGGAAGCUCCCACCGAGGUGCUCUGGCUGCAGGGAGGACGCCAUGGACUGACUGUGAGAGGCCGGUCUGAGGAAUCCAUCAUGGAUGAGGUCAACCAAAAGGUCAUCUGCUGGAUGAGAGAGAGAGUUUGAUAUUGUUGUGUUUAUUUUUUCAAUAAAAUGCUUUUAAAAUGAUUUUUUUCCUUGAAACUCCAUCAUAUUAUAACAUUGCAUUAAACAGAUCAUUCUCUAGUCAAAAGCAAUAAACCCAGAUUGAAACUUU